AUGAAGUCGUUGUCAGUAAUAGCAGCGCUGCUGGGCCUUUUGGCCGCUGGUCCUUGCAGCGCCUUUUCCACCGUCGCUCUGCCUGCCAACUUCAAGCCCCCACCAGUCUUUAAGAACAAUAUGUUGGUGCACGUCAUUUCGGUUGAGAAGACCUACGCAAAGGAGCAGAUCAAUGUCAUGUUGGAGAACAUCUCCGACAAGCCUCAAAGCGAAUACUUUUUGCCCUUUACCGCGGAACAAAUUGCCCGAGUUGGUGCCGUCGAAGCCAAGGAUCGCAAGGAUGACACUGUUGGACCCUUUGGAGUUGACCUGGUUGAAUACGAUGCUCUCAAUGACGUCCAGUACUACCGCAUUACACUGCCCUCACCUCUCAAGGCUGGCGGCCAGUACCCUCUCGCCGUCUCUUGGGUAUACCUAAACUCAUAUCGCCCACUCCCGGCCUCCAUUGGCCAGGACGAGCAGCAGUUCCUGGUGUACGACUUCUCCCUCUUCGCGCCAUCGGCUUAUACGACCUUGAAGCAAAAGACCGAGGUCAAGUUCUCAACCGUUACCAUCCCAGACUACACGACGACAUUCGGCCCCGAAGGCCAGGAGUAUCCUCAAAAGGUUGGCAGCAAGAUGCUAUAUGGACCCUUUGACGAGCAGCCUGCCGGCGCUUUCUUCCCCGCGCAGGUCAGAUUCGAGUUUACCAAGCCCGUGAUCCACGUGUCUACUCUCGAGAGAGAUAUCGAGGUCAGCCACUGGGGUGGCAACGUUGCCUUUGAGGAGAGAUACACUCUGUACCACCUGGGUGCCAACCUCUCUACCCAAUUCAACCGUGUCAAGUGGGCGCAAUCUCAGUUCUAUAACCCUGCUUCCACCGCCUUGAAGGAGCUCAAGUUCCCUCUUCAGAUCGGGAGCGUCGACCCUUACUUCACAGACGCCAUCGGAAACGUGUCAACCUCUCGAUUCAGGAGCAGCAAGCGAGAGGCCAUGCUGGAGCUGAAGCCACGUUAUCCCGUGUUUGGCGGCUGGAAGUAUCCGUUUACCAUUGGCUGGAACACCAACGCUGCUAACGUCUUGCGCAACACUGCCGAUGGAGGCCAUGUGCUCAAGAUUCCCUUUUUCGAGGGACCCAGGCAGGCUGAGGGUGUAGAGUACGGCGAAGUCAACGUCCGAGUGCUCUUGCCCGAGGGAUCUGAAAACGUCAAAUACUACACCAGCAUUCCCGACUCAUCAAUCGUUGAAUCAUCCGUUGAUGUUCACAAGACGUAUCUCGACACCAUUGGCCGGACAUCCGUGACCAUCAAGGCCAAGAACCUGGGAGAUGAAUUCCGAUUCCGUGAUCUGAUCAUCACUUACGAGACUCCGUUGGCUGGCACCCUCCGCAAGCCCGUGGUGGUCUUUGCAAGCAUGCUUGCAGUUUACGCCGCCGCGUGGGCUCUUGGAAAGGUGCAAGUGGGAUUCUCAUCCAAAUAA